AUGGCUUCCGAUACAGCCGCCGCUUCUGCCAGCAUCCCGAACCUGAAGGACAGACUGCCCAAGCUCGAGCCCAGGCGGAGGCGACCGCCGCCCUCGAGCCAGCCCCCGCCUCCGCAAACACCCACGCUCCCGCCCCCGUCAGGCGUCGACGCUCCCAGCCGGCCGCCUUUCUGUGUCCCGAAGAGGCGGAUCCUGUCCAAGCGCGACCACGAGCUGUUCCUCGCAUCGCCGACCCACGACCUCAUCCUCGCCUUCGUCUUUGGCCUCUCCGACGCCGUCUGCGGCACGCCCAUCUCGGGCAUCAAGGAUGUGGACCUGAGCCCCGCCGUCCGAGCCAUCGUCGGCUUCAUGGACGAGGCCGAGGAGCUGGUGGGGCAGUCGCCCCCGGACGACCAGGGCGGCUCCAGGUUCGGCAACAAGCGGUUCCGCGACUUUCUGGACAAGGUCCGGGCCCGGGCGCCCGGGUGGCAUCGCCAGCUGCUCUCGGGCGUGGAGAGGGCAGGGGGGGCCGGCGCUCAGGGAGGGGAGGGCGACGGGGUGGGCGCGGGCGCCGAGGCGACAGCUUACCUGUGCCAGGCGUUCGGCAACCGGGCGCGCAUCGACUACGGCUCCGGGCACGAGCUCAACUUCGCCAUGUGGCUGCUCUGCCUGUACCAGCUCGGCGUCGUGGCGCCGACCGACUUCGGCGCGCUCGUGCUGCGCGUCUUUGUGCGGUACCUGGGCGUCAUGCGCCUGGUGCAGUCGACCUACUACCUCGAGCCCGCGGGCUCGCACGGCGUCUGGGGGCUGGACGACUACCAGUUCCUGCCCUUCCUGUUCGGCGCCUCGCAGCUGCUGCACCACCCCUACAUCACGCCGCGCGCCAUCCACCAGCAGCUGACCAUCGAGGAGGCCGCGGCCGACUACAUGUACCUGGACCAGGUCGCCUUCGUCAACAGCACCAAGACGGUCCGCGGCCUGCGCUGGCACAGCCCCAUGCUCGACGAUAUCUCGGCCGCCCGUGACUGGUCAAAGGUCGAGGGCGGCAUGCGUCGCAUGUUCGUGGCCGAGGUCCUGGGCAAGCUGCCCCUCAUGCAGCACUUUCUCUUUGGCAGCCUCAUCCCCGCGGCCGACGGCAUGACGGAGCCGACAGAGGACCAGUCCGGCGCGGCGGCGGGCGACGAGGACGAGGUGCCCGAGGGCGACGCCGGCCGCGUCGACGUCUUCACCGAGGGUGGCGUCAGGCACAUGCACCAGCAGAACGGCUGGGGCGAGUGCUGCGGCAUCAAGGUGCCCAGCAGCGUGGCGGCCGCCGCCGAGAUGAAGAAGAGGGGUCUCGGUGGGGAAGGCCUGAGGAGGAUCCCUUUUGACUGA